AGAACCACCCCUUCGCUCGCGAGCCAUUUUGUGCCAGGCUUACCACGAGCAGACCACUUGCAGGCUGGAGUCGAGAGCGAACUACGGAUCUUGUGCCCCGUACGAAAGCGGAAAAUCAUGGCCAUGCACCGUGACUCAUGUCCUCUAGACUGCAAAGUCUAUGUAGGAAACCUCGGAAACAAUGGCAACAAGACAGAACUUGAGCGGGCUUUUGGCUACUAUGGACCUCUUCGUAGUGUGUGGGUUGCCAGGAAUCCACCUGGCUUUGCGUUUGUAGAAUUUGAAGAUCCCAGAGACGCUGCAGAUGCAGUUAGAGAGCUUGAUGGACGAACAAUGUGUGGAUGUCGCGUUAGGGUUGAAUUAUCUAAUGGUGAAAAACGAAGCCGGAAUCGUGGUCCUCCACCAUCUUGGAACAGGAGGCCCAGGGAUGAUUACCGUAGGCGGAGUCCCCCUCCGAGACGCAGAGUCACCAUCAUGUCUCUUCUCACCACCCUCUGGGUCUACAUUAGCCAGUCAACUAGCCCUUUCAGCGUCAUGUGACCAGCGCGUCCCAUUCAGCUUGGCUGGUGUCGUAUCACAUGACCCAGGCAUGGCCAGUCAUCAGGUUGCACCGCCCUUUGGUUCCCGAGCAUGCUGUCCACUCAACCUUCCUCCUCUCCAACCUUAACCAAAACUCGGCAGCAGCCCACCUUCAGCGCCCACACAUUACCGGCCAAUCCGCACAGCUGUUAACUUUGACAAAAUGUCUUCACAACAACUGCAGCGCCAGCCUACGGCUAACCAAAAAAAGCAGGAAAAACCACAACAUCCCCCUUCGCAAACCAUCUUAAUUCAACGCAACACCUGGCAAAACUUAUCUACAAAUUCUACUUGGCCACCUGUCCGGCAUCUUCGCCAUUUCUAGCUUGUUGAAACCCCAAAAACUAGUAAGUUUUUUCCUGCUUAUACAGAGUUUUCUGCUGGUUUAAGUUAGACUUUGGGCAGCUUUUGUAAGAAGGUAAUUUUUUUUUUCUUUGCUCAAACUAAGGCUGGCUGUGCAUAAACUUGAAGGUAAAUUGCUUAAAAACGUUGGAGCUUUUAAGGGUGAUAGAUUAAUUUUUUAAUUAGCGAACCUGGGCUCGUGUAUGAGCAAUGUAGUACGAUUGCUGUUCUAGAUUUUAGAAGAAAUCCAUCAUCCUUAAAUAUUUGGUAUUCAUUACUAACCCACCAUUCAGUUUAGUUAACACAUUUUGAGACUAAUAGGUUGCUGAAAUAUAAAGGUCCCCUGAAUCGGAUGUGCUAACUUUUUAGUUUCUCAAAUUUCCCCAAAUUUUUGCAAGUGCACAUCGCUUGCUCAAUUUGUUUCUACUAUGGCCACCAGGUUUGCAGAAUUAAAGGACUUUUUUUUUUUUUCUCAAGCCAGUCUGGGGUCACAGGUGUGGUGUUUAGAGUAAACCGUCCACAGUCAAUGGGAGCACCCUAGUGGAAGAUUAAUAUUUUACUAUUUAAUUUUCCAUUUCCAGUCUCUCUCCCCAAUCUUCUAGGUGGUAGCGAUGGUUUAUAUUGUACGUAGGUAUAAAGUGCUUGGGUCCUCGCUAAACGCAUAUGGGUAAAUUCUUGUGUUUCU